GUCUUCUUGAGCUGUCCUUGGGAAAAUUCAGAAAUGUGCUACUUAACCAGACCAAUCCAGUGGAAGCUGUAAUCAGGAACAUUGCAAGCAAUGUGACCAUCAUUAUUUUUCAAGUACAUGCCCAGCAAAGCGAUGUGGUGAUAUCAUUUGAUAAGAAUCCAUCUGUGAACAGCUCAGGAACCGGAGUAGACAAAGGACUGGUUUCCAUCCUUCGGCCUGAACAGAGCGUGUGUACAUGGUACCUUCGGUCACUGGCUACUAGCCAGGUGCUCAGCACAGCUAUCUCUAUUCCCUAUAUGGAGAAAGAUCCUAUUCCUGGAGGCUGCAAUCUAGAAUUUGACUUGGAAGUGGAUCCAAAUAUUUACCUAGACUAUACAUUGGUUGAUCUACACAUCAAGUUCGCCCCUGCAAACUUGGGAUAUGCCAGAGGAGCAAACCCACCAUCCUGCGAUUCAGGGACUGGUCAGAACUCGAGAUGGCGACUGCACUAUGAUGUCUACCAGUACUUCUUACCAGAGAAUGAUCUUUCGGAGAUGGUACUCAUGAACCACAUACGAAAGAUGUCUGAGGUGCAAAGCAUCAAGGCUAAUGGCGUUAAAAUGCUUACGCUGACCAGUGAUGACAAGACCAAUGUCUACUUUUCCUUGCUUCCUGGACAAGGUGUGAUCUACAACGUCAUAGUAUGGGAUCCUCUCUGGAAUACUUCUGCUUCAUACAUACCUGUGCAUACAUACGCCUGCAGCUUUGCUGACCUGGUGGAUAACUGCUCUUCUCUCAGCAGACUCUCUACCAAAGUAUUCUUCACUGCUCUUGCUGUUCUUGGUCUCUUCACUUGCUUUUUUGGACACAGAUUCUGGAAAACAGGCUUAUUCUUCAUGGGCUUUAUAGUCUCAGGAUUCUUCUUCUUUGUAUUCAUUACAAGGGUAACUGGCCUUGGUUAUGAUGUGCGUCUUAUUUUGACAGCAGUAGCCGGAAUUAUUGGAGGGCUGUUCCUGGUUGCAAGCUGGUGGAGAUUUGGCUCGGUUCUACUCUGCAUGUUUAUUAUUGGACUUGUGCUGGGAUUUCUCUUUUCAUCGACGGUCUUCUUUACUCCACUAG